AUGGAGACUCUGAAAAGAAGGCAUCCCAUCUCACAAACACCAGACUCGCCACCGCCCAAAUACUCAGAUACAUAUGAGCCCGUGCCCUUGAGUGAUGACCAUUACCCGUCGAGUGCCAUUUUAGAAAAGGAGGGCAAAACAUACAAGGCUCCAAUAAAACACAACAAGACUAUCCAAUUCCUCAUAAAAUAUCAACAUACAAUCGCUGUAAGCUUAUUAACGGUCUUAUCAUGCUGGACUCGCUUUCAUUUGAUUGGAAAAUCAAGAAAAGUUGUUUGGGAUGAGGCACAUUUUGGUAAAUUCGGCUCCUUUUACUUGAAACGUGAAUUCUAUUUUGACGUCCAUCCGCCUCUGGGUAAGAUGUUGGUGGGUUUAUCGGGUGUCAUUGCCAACUACAACGGUUCUUUUGGCUUUGAAUCUGGCAAGGCCUACCCUGAUGACCUUGAUAUCACGACCAUGCGCGUAUUCAAUGCUGCGUGGGGCGUCAUGUUGGUGCCAUUAGCCUAUGGUACUGCUCGUCAUCUGAAUCUAUCGUGGAAAUCUUGUGUGCUAGCUGCUUCCAUGGUGUUGUUUGAUAACGCAUUACUGACCAUCAGUCGGUUUGUCUUGCUGGACUCUAUGUUGCUCUUCUUUACUGGCGCUAGUUUCUUUUGCUUGGCUGGAUUCCGUUCACAGAGACAAAACCCAUUUUCACUUAAAUGGUGGAGCUGGUUGUUUGGUCUUGGUGUUAGUUUGGGGUGUGUGUUGAGUGUAAAGUGGGUUGGUUUAUUUGCGGUUGCUUUGGCUGGCACCUACACUAUAGAGGAUCUGUGGGAUAUGCUAGGUGAUCUUCAGAUGCCCAAGAAAACCUACUUUUCUCACUGGCUUGCUCGCGGUGUAUGUCUAAUUGCAGUGCCAUUGACAAUCUACAUGGCCAGCUUUGCUGCUCAUUUCCACAUUCUCAGUAACAGUGGACCAGGCGAUGUCAACAUGGGGUCUCUUUUCCAAGCAAGAUUAAAUGGAAGCGCUUUCAGAGAAAAUCCACUCGAAGUCGCCUUUGGCUCCAAUGUCACAAUCAAGAACUUUGGCUAUGGCGGUGGCUUGCUUCAUUCUCAUCCUCAUCAAUACCCUGAUGGAUCCAAGCAGCAGCAAAUCACUUGCUAUUCAUUCAAGGACAACAACAAUCAAUGGCAGAUUCGCCAGCCUCGCAGGAUGAGCAAUGAGCCUGCACCAACACAUGUGGAUGGCGAGAUCCAGUUCGUCAAGCAUGGCGAUGUGAUUCGAUUGCAGCACAUCAUGACCAAGCGCAAUCUUCACAGUCAUCCUAUCAACGCCCCUGUCUCUUCAAAGCAUUGGGAGGUGAGUGCCUAUGGAAACGAGGAAAUUGGCGAUGUGCAGGACAACUGGCGAGUCGAGAUUGUACAAGACGUCUUUGAUAAGGAUGCAACUCAAGUCAAAGCACUGACAACCCGCUUCAGACUUCGCCAUGUUUAUCUCGACUGUCUGCUAACCAGUCGCAAUGUCGUAUUGCCUCAAUGGGGCUUCAAGCAGCAAGAAGUGUACUGCGACCGCAAGGCCAAACCCAAUGAUCAUUAUACCUGGUGGAAUGUAGAGGAUCACCGCAACGAAGCCUUACCUCCUGCACCCAAGAACUCUUACAAAUCCAACUUUUUCGAGGACUUUUGGCACUUGAACGUUGCCAUGUGGAACACCAAUAACGCAUUGAUUCCCGACCCUGAUAAGAACGACAUUCUAUCCUCUGGACCUACAGAAUGGCCCAUGGUCACUACGGGUCUUCGUAUGUGUGGCUGGGACAGUAAGACGGUCAAGUUUUAUCUGCUGGGCAAUCCCUCUGUAUGGUGGCCAUCUUUCCUGUCCAUCAUCACGUUCAGCGUGGCAGUAGCUACCUACAUUGUCCGUCAACGAAGACAAAUCAUUGAUAUGACGCCAGAUCGCUGGUGCAAGUUUACAUCGGUAGGCAAGCUCUUCUUUCUGGGCUGGUUCUUUCAUUACAUUCCAUUCUUCAUGAUGGGCCGUGUGACAUACAUCCAUCACUACUUUCCUGCCCUGUAUUUUAGUGUCUUUAUGGUGCCAUUUUUGCUAGAGCACUUUCUUGCCAAUGCCUCUUCAAAAACUCGCCAUACGGUGUACGCUGUUGUAUUUGGCUUGAUUUUAGCCAACUUUGCCUACUUUGCUCCAUUUUCAUUUGGAAUGACUGGAGACAUCAAAAACUACUCUAAUCGAUGGUGGUUCAAUAGCUGGAAUUUGAUUGAAAACAGAAAUUAA